CCUCCAGCAGGAGCACUGGUUUGAAAAGGCCCUUUGAGAGAAGAAGGGCUUCAUCAUCAAGCAGAUGAAGGAGGACGGCGCCUGUCUCUUCCGGGCUGUAGCUGACCAGGUGUAUGGAGACCAGGAUAUGCAUGAAGUUGUGCGAAAGCACUGCAUGGACUAUCUGAUGAAAAAUGCCGACUACUUCUCCAACUAUGUCACAGAGGACUUCACCACCUACAUCAACCGAAAGCGGAAAAACAACUGCCACGGCAACCACAUUGAGAUGCAGGCCAUGGCGGAGAUGUACAACCGUCCUGUGGAGGUGUACCAAUACAGCACAGAACCCAUCAACACAUUCCAUGGGAUCCAUCAAAAUGAGGAUGAACCCAUCCGUGUCAGCUAUCAUCGGAAUAUCCACUACAAUUCAGUGGUGAAUCCCAACAAGGCUACUAUUGGCGUAGGGCUGGGCCUGCCAUCAUUCAAACCAGGGUUUGCAGAGCAGUCCUUGAUGAAGAAUGCCAUAAAAACAUCGGAGGAGUCAUGGAUUGAACAACAGAUGCUAGAAGACAAGAAGCGGGCUACAGACUGGGAGGCCACCAAUGAAGCCAUUGAGGAACAAGUGGCUCGGGAAUCCUACCUGCAGUGGCUGCGGGAUCAGGAGAAACAGGCCCGCCAAGUCCGUGGCCCCACCCAGCCCCGGAAAGCUAGCGCCACAUGCAGUUCAGCCACAGCAGCAGCAUCCAGUGGUCUGGAGGAGUGGACCAGCCGGUCCCCACGGCAGCGGAGCUCAGCCUCGUCCCCCGAGCAUCCUGAGCUGCAUGCCGAGCUGGGUAUCAAGCCCCCUUCUCCAGGCACUGUCUUAGCUCUUGCCAAACCUCCUUCGCCCUGUGCACCAGGUACAAGCAGCCAGUUCUCAGCAGGGGCUGACCGGGCCACCUCCCCUCUUGUAUCCCUCUACCCUGCUCUGGAGUGUCGGGCCCUCAUUCAGCAGAUGUCCCCUUCUGCCUUUGGUCUGAAUGACUGGGAUGAUGAUGAGAUCCUAGCAUCGGUGCUGGCAGUGUCCCAACAGGAAUACCUAGACAGUAUGAAGAAAAACAAAGUGCACAGAGACCCACCCCCAGACAAGAGUUGAUGGAGACCCAGGGACUGGAGACCAUCUCCCAAACCCCACCACUCCUGCCCUCUGGUGCCACCCCACCUUCUUUGGCUUUCUUCCCCUUUGCCUUCUUCCCUUCUCCCUCUCACCCCUCCCUUCCCUCUGGCUGGCCCACCCUGUGCUCCCCUCAUUGCUGCCGCCACCACCAGUCUCCGCCAGCUGAUGUGCCCUGUUGCCCCCUGCACAGCAUCUUCCCUGCAUUCCACAGGGGACUCAGGCAAGGGUGCCAAAGGUAGGCGAGAGGCACAUGGAGACAAACCACCUGGAAGCCAGGCAGCCCCAGACAUUCAGACAGAGGAAAGUCUCCCUGCUCCUCAUUCCUCCCAAGAUCAGAGAAACUUGUCCAACCCCCUACCCCCCAAAAAAAUGAUGCCAGGGAGGUGGGGGAGAGAAGUGGAAAAUCCCCUUCCCAUACCCCUAAUAAUGUCUGAGCCUUCAAUGUUGAAUUUUUCUUUACUAAAGUGUACUUUUAUCUUAUAAAA